AUGUUCGGUCGGACGUUCAUUCUGAUAGACGGCUUGGGUGUAGCCACAAGCACUAAAGUGUCAAAGGUCAUCGAACAAAUGCGUGAAUCUUGCCCAUCUCUUCAUCUUUUGGUCACAAGUCGUGAUGUUCCCGAGGUGUAUGAAUACUUCAACGCCGAACAGAAUGAAACCGUCGCUAUGAGCAAUCAAGAAGGGGUUCAAUGCGACAUUUCUAGCUGGGUUACCCAAGAACUUGACAGUCACGUUACGUUAUGGCGUUACAAAGAUAAACAUGGCGAAAUUAGUUCUGCCAUAACCGAACGUGCGCAACAUUGCUUCCGCUAUGCGGCGUACUUGUUUCGUCAUAUUGGAACAGCCGUUAAUGAGAGCCACUUGAACUCUAUACUAUCAACCAUGUCCAAAUUGCCUUGUUCUUUGGAUGCUGCACGCAAGGGCGAUCCUGAGUGGUUCGAAGAAAUGGCGAAGAGCUUGGGUACUUAG